GAUAACGUCUGCUUAGUCUCCCGCCCCUACCCGACCCCCCCUCUUUCGGCGAUCAGAUCGGUGGUGACGGAUCGUAAACGAUUCCGAUCGCCAGAUCCCAUCUUCUCGGCAGGGUUCCCGGAGAGAUUCGAUAGAUCUGGUCGCCGGCCCGUCCGCCCGCGAUGUUUCUUUUCGAUUGGUUCUACGGAGUUCUCGCCUCACUUGGGUUGUGGCAGAAGGAGGCCAAGAUCCUGUUCCUGGGGCUCGAUAAUUCCGGGAAGACGACGCUGCUUCAUAUGCUCAAGGACGAGCGACUGGUUCAGCACCAGCCAACGCAGCACCCGACAUCGGAGGAGCUGAGCAUCGGGAAUAUCAAGUUCAAGGCGUUUGAUCUGGGAGGUCAUCAGAUCGCACGGCGCGUGUGGAAGGAUUACUUCGCUAAGGUGGACGCAGUGGUAUAUCUAGUGGACGCAUGGGACAAGGAGAGGUUUGCAGAGUCCAAGAAGGAACUGGAUGCGCUCCUCAUUGACGAUGCCUUGGCAAAUGUCCCGUUCCUCGUCCUGGGGAACAAGAUCGACAUCCCACAUGCGGCAUCUGAGGAGGAGUUGUGCUUCCACCUAGGCCUGCACCACUUCAUAACCGGGAAGGGCAAGGUUAAAAUUACCGACCCCAAUGUCCGCCCCGUUGAGGUCUUCAUGUGCAGCAUCGUGCGCAAGAUGGGUUACGGUGAUGGCUUCAAAUGGCUUUCGCAAUACAUAAAAUAGGACCCUAUUUUGAUGUGGCUCAACCUGUCAUUUGAUUUUGGAUUUUAGUGGGAUGCAGUGCAUGGCCAUCCUGAUGUUUUCCAUUCGUUUCGCAUAGUACACAGACAAAGACAGGAUUACAUCUUCCCCUUCGAGCUAUAGUUCCUCAUGUGAUGCUCGAUUUUUUGUUGCUACAACUUGAUCUGUUACAGUUUCUCAUGAGCAAUUUAUACUUGGAUUGAUCUCU